AUGCCCACUUUGUGGAUAAUAAUGUUUGCCAAACAAGAAACAACUAGAGAAAAUGGGGUUUGCCAUGGGAGGGUUAAUCCACUUACAGAGCGCGAUUACGCUAUUUACCUUUUCCACCGAUUUCCCCUAAAGUGUUGGGUCUUGGUCUGUGAAGAGGAUGAGUCCCUCAAGGAGGUGGUAGAAUGGCUUGCGCCCGCGGAAACAUCCGCGCAGUUGAAGGUACCUCAUUUCCAUGAAGGAACACCCUCCAUUCCAACCGUUCCGGAUCUCCUACGUCUGUCCCUUCGACUUCCGCAUGCAAUAAGCUAA